CACACUUCUUCAUUUUCGCCCGGCCACGUGAGUGCAAAAGAGGGUGGACCUGGGGCGUGACAAGUUCAGGUGAGGGCAUUGCAACACACACACCUCAGACAAACUGAGGGGAAGCACACUUCAGCUCCUCUCACAUGAAUGUCUGCUUUUCACAUUUUGGAGGAAAUACCAUUAGGAUUAAAUCCUGAUAUUCUGCUUAAACUCCACAAGUUUAAACUGCAUACGAGACAGCUAUUUGAUCCUUUCAAAGGAAAUGGAUCUCCAUCUAUAGCAUCCAUAGUGCCAUAAGCCAUGGCUGAACCACCACCACCUCCACCACCACCUCCUCCUCCUCCUCCUCUUCCUCCUCCACCACCCCCAGCACCACCAUCCGACGGGAAGCCGAUCUCCCGUGGAUCCAGAGCAGGUUCCAAGAUGAGGAACUUCAACUGGGAGGCCAUACCUCAGCACACGGUGCUGGGCAAACACAACAUUUGGACAGCAGAGAAGGAGAAGGAGUACGAGCUUGACACGCAACACAUGGAGGAACUGUUCAGCCACAAAGACCAGCGUGAUGGUCAGGUUCAAGCAUCCAAACGAAGAAGUGUAAGAGGCACGCCGAGCAACACCCACGGAUCUGAACUGGUGUCCAUUCUUGGCUCCAAGAAGAACAUGAACGUCAGCAUUUUUCUCAAGCAGUUAAAACGGUCAGUAAAGGAACUCAUUGAGGACAUCCACAGUGGAAAGAGUGGAAGAUUUGGUCCUGGGAAGCUGCAGGAGCUUUUAAAACUACUGCCUGAGACUGGAGAGGUGAAGCAUCUUCUAGCUUUUAAAGGAGACUGUUCAGCACUUUCUGAGGCUGAUCAGUUCAUGGUUCAACUUGUAAAGCUUCCCUGCUAUGAGGAACGCCUGAAAUGUUUAGUUCUCAAAGAGGAAUUUCCCCCUUUUAUGGAUGAGGUGAAUCAUUCCAUUACCACCAUGACCGCUGCUGGGAAAGAGCUGUUGGAUUGUGUUGACCUUCAUUCCGUCAUCCGCCUGGUCCUGAAGACUGGGAACUACAUGAAUGCUGGGGGCUACGCUGGCAGCGCUGUAGGCUUCCGCAUGGCCUCUCUGCUGAAACUUGCUGACACGAAGGCCAACAAACCAGGAAUGAAUCUCAUGCACUACGUUGUGAUGCAAGCUCAGAAGAGCGACGCUGCUCUGCUGAAUUUUCCGGAAAAACUUGCGCACAUUGGAGAUGCCUCAAGAAUCCACAAACAGGAAACUGAAUCGGAAUUCCAAAGAAAAGUGAGCGAAGUCCAGGAGGCGAAGAAGGGCGCUGAUAAACAAGCUGACCUGGCCAUACAGAUGAAAGACUUUUUUGGGCAUGCUGAAUCCAGGAUCACUGAAACGCAGGCCUCCUUCCAGUCGCUGAACAAAGUUACUGAGUCUGUGGCUGAGUAUUUUUGUGAAGAACCGAGUGAGUUUAAACUGGACGAGUGCUGCUCCAUCUUCAAUUCCUUCUGUGAAAGAUUCACCCGAGCCCUUCAGGAGAACGUGGCGCGUGAGAUGGCCGAGGUUAAACGCAAACAGAAGGAGCGACUGGAAUCUGCUGCCAAACGCCGUUCCACAGCCACCUGCUCUUUGCGGGAUAAAGACGUGGAAGGUGUAGCACUGGAGUCAGUUCUCCAACGGUUCCUGAAUACACCCGAGUCUGGUCGGCGAGCAAGAACCCUCUCACCAAGCCGUACCAUCCUUGCUGAGAAGUCGUUACAAAAGAACUGGCCCAACAGAGACUCCAAAAAACAGAGCUGGUCUGUGAGCAUGUCCCAGUCUUCCCUCGGUAAGAAGAACUCGGAUGAUAAAAAGCCAGAGAAGAAAGGUCUGCUGGGGAGAAAAUCUGGUAAGCGUGCAUCGCUGGUAAGUGAGGAUGAGGAUGAGGACGUUAUGACUGAGAAAGAGGUGCAGAAAUUGAGGGAAGUGUCCCAAAGGGUGCUGCACUACCAGUCUAGCCGUGGGAGCGUGUCUUCUGGGGAAUGGUUGUCCCCAAUUACUUCUCCACUUCGACGCAUGUUUCAGGAGGAUGGAGAAAACCUGAUGUCUGUUACAAAUGGCGAGGAUGCAACCGAACCCGUAAAAAUGCAACCCCUUUUGAUUCCAAAAAGCCCUGGUGGCAUCAAUCGUCGACACACAAUCGCUAUUCCUACGGCAGAUUUGAGCAGAACUGACACUGAAGAGGAUCGGUUUGUUCCCGGUGAGCCAGAGAACGAAAGCCCUAGAAAUCAAAUUCUGUCUCUUGGGAAUAUUGGUAAGAUGAAAUCAGUGGACAGCUUCCUACCAUCUAUAAUUGAUGGAGUAGGCAAUAAAGUGCCAUCCAGCACUCCGACAGGCAAAUCGGAGAACGUCGGCAUAGCAGAAGUACAGCAAGAAACCGACGAGAGCUUAUCCAGUUCUCCGCAAAAUUCUCCAGUCAAUGGACAGAACAAGCACACCAAGACGACCUCUCGAUUAUUGUCCUUUUUUAAACGCUUGGGUGAAAAGAGCAAAACGAACAACAGGGAAUCCGAGUCCAGUAACGUGGACUCCUAACAGACAUUUAACAGACACUGGGUCAGGUGGUUUAUAGACCUGUUUUUUUUUUUUGUUUGUUUGGUUUUUUUAUUUCAAAUCUGGACGUGGUCUAGAAACCAAUCUCUGUUACGCCUUACAAUUGGUCAGAGCUUUGCUUCAAGUUUGCAGCGUGUGCGAACGCUUCAGUUCAAAGUUCAAGGUGUCAAGAAACAUGGUAGAGCUGUUCACGGUUACUGGAAUGACAUCUAUGGUGCGAGUUUUCGCUUGGCUAAACAUCAUCUUAGCAGGAAAUGUGCAUCGUUUGCAGGUGCUCCUAAAUAAUGACACGCCACCUGGAGAUAACCGCUGUUCAGCGUGGUUUGAUGUUUGUUAAUGGGACCAGAGUACAAUUAUUGAAAACAAUUGAGCGCUGUACGUCAAAAGUAUGUACGUAGCAGAAAUGACGUAUCAGUUUGCUCAAAUAAAUCGACCCAAAUCACAACCCUUAAACUCUUCAACCACAAACAAGCCCAGAAUGGUUUCUAGCCUGUAUGAAUGUUAAAACACAUGUAGAGCUGCAACAGCUAAUCGAUAAUAAUCGACGAUGAAAAUCGCAUUAUCAGUUCAUGGUUCAAGGAAUCGCAUUUUCGAUUAGUCGGUCUGUUCGCGGCGCGGGACACAUUUACUCAUUCCGCUACUUCUGUUCCGAAAAAACACGCAUCGGAGAGUAAAUACUAAAGUUGUGUCCCAAACGACGUACUGUGCACUUACACUAUGCAUUAUAUACUCUACCGUCGAGUGUAUGAAUUUUAGAAGGGUAAUAUCGUCUCAAAUGGAACAUGGGAAAAAUGGAGCAUUUUUUUUACUACCCGGAAGUAUAAGCCGCUUCCUAGUCGAUGGCACAUGAAGUCAUACACACGUAAUGUGACCCCGUUAGCUUGAGCAGAUACCCAGAGUCAAGGCCGAUGAAUUUCUUCAGUUUACGUCAACGUUACCGUUUAUGCCCAGCAUGAUCUCAGUCACCAUCAGACGGCGGCGUAUGGCAGGGAGCAUUUUAUAUUAAACGCCACGGAGAAGACUGUAACCUGUAAACUUUACAAAGUGGAGCUUGUGUAGCACGGAAGCACGACAGUGAUGCACGAGCACAAACAUCUUUCUAUCCAAAAUGCUCCACUGUACAAGGGCUUGGGGAAACUGGUGCGAGUUGCUUAAAAGAUUUAGUUUACUUCCAGUUUAUUGUCAUUAUUUGCUGUAUUUGCGUGCUUGCAGUGUAAAUUAAAACGGUAUGAUCGAAGUAAACACAAGCAAAAUGAUAUGCCUAAACCACAAGGUGCAAUGAAAGUAAGAUUUUAUUAUUAAUUUAGGACUGUAGUUUA